AUGUCAUCGUCAUCUGGAUCAACAGAUUUUUCAUUUUUGUUCCGUAAGUCUUCAAAAGAAUUGUACUCAGAAAAAUUUUAUGAUGCUAUGGAAAUGGAAUCUGACGACUUACAUAAAUAUAAUGAUAAAUGUAAUGAAAUAUUGGUAAGAGGACCUAAUGUUCGAGUGAUACCGAUUUGUAAAAAAUAUCUAAGGUUUUUAGAUACAUCUAAAUCGUGGAGUGGUCUAUUUUCUGUAUACGAUGUUUCCUUACUUUUAAAUUAUUGGAUAUAUGAGAAAUUAAUUGGCAUUUAUGGCGAUAAAAAUAGUAGUUAUAUUACAUUUGGUUUUAGUGCUCUCCAGUUGAUAUGGGGUUAUUAUGAUUCUAAACGAGAACAUGAUCCAUACUAUAAAAAAUGUAAGCCUGAUCUCAAUAUUGUUAAUCACGAGGAUUGGGAAAAUAGGAAAAAAUUGUACGAUUUUUAUGUUGACUUUGAUAAACUUUUCGGAAGUGGUAGCACAUAUGAUAGCGUAUGCAAAGAAUAUUAUCGAAAAAUAAAAGAAAUGAUUUCAGUAUGUACAUACUUUAAGGGAAAAUGUUUAACAUCUGGAACAUACAGCUGUCCAGAUAACUUUAAUAAAUGCGAGGAGAAGAAUCUUGAGAUUGAGUUAAAAAAAUUACCAUGUCAUGUUACAAUUAAUGGUGGAAGAGAUUCCAGUUCAGAGGUUAGUUCUUCGUAUAAACCUCCAGACCCCGAAGAACCACCUCAAGACUCUGCAGAUGGUCUUGCAGCCGAAUCUAAUACCCAAUUAUAUAGUGUAAAUUCCGGAAUUGGAACAAAAGUUACUAAUUCAGUUCUGGGUGCAGCUCCAGUUUUAUUAAGUGCCACUAUGCUAUAUAAAGUAUUAAUAUAUUUUGUAAACAUAUAUCAUUAUAGUACGGACAUGUAA